AUGGAUUUUCUGUCUGAUUUCAACGAGGAAAUGGCGGCCAACGACAACUACAAGAUCAACUAUGGCACCAGGGUGCAGCGUACAGGGAAGAUUUUCUCGUUUACCUUUUGGAGGACGCAGAUUGAGAAUGAGGUGUUUUGGAGCGUUCAAGGUAACAAAUGUGACGGCUCAGCCUGGAUCGUCACCAAGUACUUUGGUCCUCCCGAAGAAGCGAAGCGGUACCAACAAGAAAUCAUCAUUCACCACCCCACAGAAAAGAAAAUCAAAAUGAUGUACACGGGCUCCCUCACAAAGGGGAUGAACUGCAUCAACAUAUCCAAAGAAAUAGUACAUCAUUUCAAGGACGAAUCGAACAGUUUGUUCUUCGAGUACAGAAUUGUCAAACUGAAAAGGAGGCCGUAUCCGCAAAGAAACUUGUGAAGAUACUCAGGAAGUGUCUGAAUGGCAGAUGUUACGAGUUUGGAAAAAUCGAAAUGAGAGUGUGGGAAAAUAUUUUCAGUUUCCUGAAUGCAAUUUUCCUAGAGCUAAAAUAUAUUUCAUAAAAGAAUUAAUGUUUAUAAAGUUUAACAUCAGCUUGGUCUAUGAUGGUCAGAAGAUCUACACACACGGCGAGUUAAGUAACCUUACGCGAAACUUGCUGAUAAAAACAAGAAGCGACUUACUGUUUUAUUUGAGAGAUUUAAUUAUUUUUCUCAUAUCGGCUGGGGUUCUAGGAAGAAUAAUAGUAAAGUGAAAAUAUUUUCAAUUGCGUUGUCGACUACAAAUGAUGUGCGUGUUAAGGAAAUAAAAAAAGGUAGAACGAAUUACAAGACUUACGCAACGAUGACUAUGAGUUUACAAUUAACUAGUCUGUUUUUUAUGUGGAACUAACACGAGAGAUCUCUGGAACUGAUAUUUCGUACUUCAGAACAGCUUUAUUGGUAUUAUAAAAAAUUGGUUGGUCUCAUUUUAGCACAAAAUGAUGUUAGUCCAACAAAGUUCCUGUUUAACGAUGAGUUUUUUAGAAAACUGUUCUUGAAGUUAUAAAUAAUUAUAGCCCAGAUUUUAGAACAUUUUGUACAUUCUGUACGCCCGGGUGAUUGGUAUGAGAAAAGAAUAAAUACAAAAUGAUCUAGUUAUUAGGGCUGCUCUAUUUCUAAGCUACUUGUAUCUAUAUUAGGUAUUAAUAUAGUAUACCAAGUAAUAAUGCUUUGUGAAAACGUGUGCUAGGUAUUUAUCAGACGUUGCAGAUUACUCAUAUAUACAGGAAUAUUUAAAUAGAAAUAAACAGAUUAAUCACUGCAAUCACUGAAUCAUUACGAAUUCCAUUUUUUAUCAGCAGAUGACCUCAGUAGAAUUAUUGGAACUGCUGUCACUAUUUUGACACAUGAUAAGAAUUCCGAUAUUGUUAUAAAACGCGGAGAAACCAAGUGUUACCUGCCCUGCUUUCACUUUUUUAAUUUUGUGUAUAAAUACACACCAAUAUAAUGCCUAUAGCAAGAAAAGAUCAUAGUUCAGUUUAUUUCAAUUGACUGUUUUUUGUGUGAAAACUAUCUGAAUUCUCUAAGGUCUAAGACUAAUUUGAAGGUCGUAUUAUGAAUCGAAAUUUGAGCUCUGCAAUAAAUCCAAAUAAUUCUUUUAUCAAAGGCCUUGUGUGGAAAAGUACCGUUUAAGCAACAACUGUCAUAUAUGAAAGGUUACUGCCCUUGCCAGGUGAAACCAACGUUAUCCUGUAAAGUUACCAUAAUCGAGCUGAAAGCAAGUACAAGGGCAAUAACCUUACUUAUUAAAGUUACACCUGCCGGAUUUUCGUGGAAUGCAUAUUGCAUGUUGCAAUUGCUAAUUGCAAACAAAAAUCUCCUGAAACGCUGUAUUUUUUAUAACGUUUGUUAAUUAAAAUUUUUGUACUUAAGUGCAUGUCAGCAUGUUAUUUAAAUGAGUUUUAUGUAACAGGGCCGGGUUAUGAUUUCUGUGAGCCUCAGCAAAUAGCAGAGAAGCCCAUAUUGAAAUAAAUGAAUCCUCAUAUUAUAAUAAGGACCUCAACGAAAGAAAACUCGAAACCGAAACUAAUCACAAUAAUCGCAUUUUCUUCAAUCCAGCCCUGAUUUUAUUUUUUAUUUUUGUGAAGUGACUUGUUUUAAUAAAAUAUUUGUUAAAA